AUGAAGAAACUGCAACCCCUAACGAGGAGGUUCCGACAACUUUCAAGGCUGAGGAUAGUGAGACUGCAACUGGCAUCAAAAGUGAUCGCGAAAUUAAAAGUGAACCGCAGGAAGACGAGUGCACCUCAUAUUUCAUUAAUCCGCCUCUUCUGUUGUAUGAUGAAUGUAUGGAAGACAAAAGUAAUGUCCUUAACGUACGAUUACGCCACAAACGCCAGAAACUCCUACACUCGACAUCUCCAAAAACACACCGCCGUCAAAGACAUAAAAUGUGACCAGUGCGCUUACGCCACACAUUCGAAGGGCAACCUGAACCAACACCUACGAACUCACCAAAACGAGAAGAAAUUUAAAUGUGGCCAGUGCACGUUCGAAACUCACGUCGAGACCUACCUGAAACGACACGCCCUGAAUCACAAACCGACCACGGACUUUAAAUGCUCGUACUGUCCGUACGCCACAAACGUAAAGGUCAACUUCAACAAGCACCUCUCGAAGCAUACAAGGGAGAGCUUAAGGUGCGAGCAGUGCGACUACGUGACGAGAGAUCGCGAAAAUCUGAGGCGACAUUUGCUGAAACAUGUCGAGUUGAAGGACUUCAAGUGCAAGUUUGAACGUACAACUCGAAGUACUUGACUUGACAAAAACUCGAGUGAGUGACCAGUAAUUAAAGGACGUUAAAACUACAUCAAUAAAUUGCUUCAUUUGUGAAUUUUAUAUGCAUAGAAUGGUGUAAUAGGGUACGCUAGUUGUAAAUAACGCUAUGACCUGAAGCACAGUAGGGAAGGAACGUAAAAUAAAAC